AUCACCAAAAAAUCAAGUUGUAGAAUGAUUGAAGCCACAACAGCAUGGCAGUAGCGCUGGGAAGCCCAACGGCUGCCAACCUAGCCAUCAGCUCCUCCGGCCUCGUCCCCAUGCAGAAGGCCGAGGAGGUAGACACUGGCCGCGCGCCGCUGCUCACUGUGGCCAGCAUCUGUGGCCAGGGUGCCCAUGCCACACAACACGGUGCCACUAACAAGGUUGGAGUAUGUUGUCCCCGCUUCACCGAUUAGAUGGUCCUGUUCAGGUGGAAGAUUUGUCAGGCUCUGGAGGAAUGGAAUUAGUCACUAUUCGGAAGCCCAACUGAGAGCUAAACUUCUGAGAGCUUUGGGCAGCGACAAGCUCGAGACAGUGUGGCCUAUCAAGAAGAAGGUGGUACUAUCAAUACUGAUCAUAAACUAUCCUGCAUACCUGCCUUUUGUUGUCAAGAGGUUCGCUUGUAACAAACUUUGGGAAAAACUGAAGAUCCACAACUGUUGGCCACGUGAUGCCAGAGCAUUUGGUCAUACCCCAGUACAUAUUAGGGGCUUCACGACCAUUAUCUUGAAAAUGGGAUUGCGGCAUAUACAUCAUGAGGGAACAUCAAGAUUCAACGUUGAUGAUGAUGAAGACAGAGAUGAUGACAAUGGAGAUCAUAAUUGUGAUUUGGACCACUUCAAUGCUGACAAAAGUGCUGACACUAUAGCAUCACCUUGUUUGAUUGUAACAUGGGACUAGACGUGCAAAGGGAACAACCUCAGACGAUUUGAAAGAGAGUGUACCGCUGUUGGGAUUUCUUCCAGACGUUCCUAUCCCAAACCUGCGGAUUUCAUUCUUUUGUUUACCCCUUUUUGACAACAGAUUUUGUUCUCCAGUUAUCUAGCGUCAGUCAUGAACAGGUCAUCCUGUUAAUAACAGAUUUGUUCUCUAGUUAUCUAGCAUCAGUCAUGAACAGGUUUUGUUGUAGGCAACAUAUGUCGUGUCGGCCAUGGGUCUGAGUGAAAGAGGUUCAUGUGUAAUCAUGUUUAGUUUCCAUCUUUUGCUGCUUCAAAUGUAAUCAGGAUUUUCUAUCUAUAAUGGCGGCCAAUAAUCUGUGUAACUUUCUGAUGGCAUA